GAAAAUGACCAUCAGCUCUCAUCAGGUAAACUUUGACUUGUUUGGUCUGAUCCACGCUCAGCCCUGAACACAUACGCUCAUUAUGACAAAGGUUUUGCUUUUCUUGUAGAUGUUAGGAUGCUGAGGCACAAGGAUGAACACGCGUAAUUGUUUUUUUUAUGAUUUAGAAACAGAAAACCUUAUGGCCUUUUUGAUAAACGUGCACUUUGCAGAAGACCCUUACCUGGAAUGCAGACAUGUUAGUAAUUUAUGAAAUAACUGUAUAUAAACACAGAGUUAAAGUGAAAUUAUUUAUAAGAACCUUCACUUUGGUGGCUUUUGGACACUUUAACACUUUUUGGGAGAGGAAAGCAUGGAUUUAAUCAGAGGAAUGUCUAAAUUUGAGGAUUUUACUGGAGUGGAGGGAAACCACAGCCUCGGCUACAGGAAUGCCCAGUGGAAAAGAAGAGGUGGAGAGAGGGGAGAAGGGGAAUAGAGGUUUCAAUGAUGGCUGGGUGCCAAAUGGACUUGGAUUCUUGGUGGAGGAUCUGUGGCGUUGCUAAGGAAACAGGAGUGUGACUAAAUACACUGAACCGACUGAAAUCUCAUCACUACUGGAAGGAAGAUUCAACAAUCAGUGAAAAACUCAUCCAGUACAUGUGGUGACAUCAAAGCGAGGAGGAUGCAGAGGUGGGGUAACCUGAGAGAUACUCGUUUUCAGUGACUUGCUGUCAAGCUGUUGACACGGUGAAUAAUAAAUGACUUGUCAAAAGGCUGUUCAGUGGGUGAUCACAUGACCUGAACAGACGCUGCAGGUUUCAGAAGCAGUUCGGUUACCAUGACAACAGACUCUAUAGAGACCGACACGGACUUACAAGUUCUGGGUAACAGAGGGGAGGUCCUGGAGCAGAAACAAGCUUCGCCAUUCAGUCUGACAGUCACCUGAGGAACAGAGAGCAAGUGGUCCAGGCGUCAACAGUGAGCUUCUGCCUUCCAUCUCCCCAGCAUGCAGCUCUCCCAGAGGCUAGACCAAAGACUCCACAAACUCAGAGAGGAGGUCAGAACCAUGACCCAAGAGAAGGAGCUGACAGAGCAGCUAUGGAGGCAGCGGCUGCAGCGCUGUCAGAGGCAACUGAAAGCCAAAGAGGAAGAGAUGAGUCGUCAGUCCCACUAUUUUGAGAACUUUAAAGUCCAACUUCAACACAAGCUCAGCCUGGCCCAGGACAGAGAGCAGGCUCUCCAGAAUCGCAUCUACACUUUAGAGAAGCAGCUUGUUGACAUGACUGUCAGCGCCGCCACGGGAACAGCAACAAUCAGAGCCGCCAGAAUUACAGCCAGGACCGUGACACGACCAGAAGAACAAGACAAGCUGCCCUCUAUGAGAGGAGAGGGUGAGGGAGAGGAGGAGAAAAAAGAAGAGAGGAAGAAGCAAUGGCUGCCAGAUGUUGGGGAAGAAAGGUCAAAGGCUAAUGAGGGGAAGUUGGAGACAGAUGUUGAUCAAGGAGGAAGCAAAGAUGCAAAACAGGCUUCGAAUGAGCCCAGGCUGCAAAGCUUCAUCAUCAGCCUGCAGGAGGAUCUCAAGGUGCUAUUGGAGAGAGAAGAGGAUGGGCUGACGGAGCGGAGGAAGCUCUUGGAGCAGCUCCAGGAGGCCCAGGAGAAUAGCCACUUCCUGGGUGGUAAAGUGGAGGAGAUGAAGGCAGAGAUUCAUCAGCUGAGACUGUCUGAGAGCUUCCUGAUGCAGGAGGUGGAAGAUCUAAGAGGCGAGAAUCAGAAACUCCAGCAGAUCUUCGGGAAUGUAGAUCCAACACCUCUUCAGUCAUCUACAAAACCUGAGAGCACGAGACCCCGAGCUAGCUGUAGUCCAGUUGUGCCCUUAACUACUCCUUCAGAUGUCUCUACUGUAAGAAAGUCCUCUGGCGGUUUGGGAGAGGCGCAGCAAACUGCUGGCAAGAACCAAGACCAUAAUCAUGCUUGUGCACUUUCACCUGUUGACCACCAGAAUGCAGCAGAGCACCUUCAGAACAACAGACAAAAUUAUUUCUCAUCCGCCAAAACUGAAGCAAAGCGUGAUUCUCUGAAUCCUUUAAACCAGUUGAGCUUUAAACCCAAAACUGAUUUCCAGCCACUUUCUGUCACUACGGAGUUCUUAAAUGAUUUUAAACUGGGAAACAUGGAGGAAAAUCCCAGUGAGGAGUCUGAUGCCCUCAGAGAGGCGUUUCAGAGCUUGGGAUUUGGAGAAGAUCAUCAUGCUCUUCGAGAGGAACGUGAGCAGCUGGAGGAGCUUCUUCAGAAGACACAGGCGCAGCUGGAGACCAUGACUCAGGAGAACACUCAGCUGAAGUUACAGCUCAGGAGGAGUGCAGAGGAGCAGCAGCAGGCAGCAGAACAGUGGUCAUCAAGAGAACAGAUAAUCACACCAUCCACCUUUGACAGAGAUGAUCAUCACCUGUCACUUUCUGCCAGGGAUGAUGCAGUUCCUGCUCAAGAUGACCUCGUUCAGGCCUUAAAUCAGGAAAACCGAGCCUUGGCAGAAAGGAUCCAGGAGCUGUUGGCUCACAUUGAGUUCAGAGAGAAGGAAAUUGCUAAGGAACAGACCCAGCUGAGGGAAAGUAUCUCUAGGAUGAAGCAGGAUGGUGUCAGACUGGAGCAUGAUAACCAAGAACAGGCCAGUUUAAUCUCUGAACUAAACAAGAAGACGGAGGAUGAUCUAAAUACCAUCAUGGAGCUUCAGCAGAAGUUAGAAGAUGUAAAAGCAGAAUCACAGGUUAAGCAGCAGCAUAGAGGCCAGUGGGAACGUGCACACUCAGCUGGAAUAUCAGGAAUGUUUUUAUACAACAAACAAGAACAUGCGGAUGGUGUAGUUUCUAGAGUGCUGAAAGGACAAGAUGAAGAAUCUUCAGUUUUCCGUCAAGAAGUUAACGAUUUGACCACAUCCCUGUCAUCUUGUUGUCAAUGUAAAAAUCAGCCUGAGUUAUUACAAACCAGCACACAGACUGGCGACCAUGUUGAUUCACUGACUGAACAAGUGGCUCCGCUCUCCAGCUCAAUCCAGAGCCUCAGAUCAGAGCAGGAAGAGCUGAUUGCCAGCAUUGGUUUUCUCAGAGAGCAGCAGAAAGAAGUCACCCUGUCAGUCCAAACGCAGACGGAAGAAAAACACCAGCUAACUCGUGCAGUUUGGGCUCUGAAGGAGCAGAAAGAUAACAUCUGUCAGUCUCUGGCCAGCCUCCGACAAGAGAGAGAGUCGCUGAGCAGGGCAGUCUGCGGGCUGAAGGAUGAGAGAGAGCAGUUUUUAAAGUCUGUUAGUGGCCUAAAAGAAGCAAAUGAGCAGCUAAACGAGUCUUUAUCUGCUCUUCAAAGAAAAAAAGAGACAGUGAUGGAAUCACUCUCAAGCGAAAAAGAAGAGAGAGAUCGAAUCAUGCAAUCUCUGCAAGGUUUGCAGACAGAAAAUGAUCAGCUGAGCCAAACAGUGCUUCAUCUUAAAGAACAGAGAGACCAACUAGCUGAUUCUCUCAGGUGUCUGACUGAACAAAGAGACCAGAAAAAACUAAAUCUCACUUUAAAAGAAGACCACGACCAACUGAUGCUGUCAGUCAGCAAUUUGAAGAAAGAAAGAGGAAAAAUAGAGCAUUCCAUCAACUGCUUGAGGCAAGAGGAAAACCUCCUCAUGCAGCAAAUCCUGGAUUUAAAAGAGGAAAGACACAGCCAUCAGACUCCCCUCAUUCAAAUGCAGCAGCCACUAGAUUUAUGCAGUGCUGAUGACAUCACAGGAAAGACGCAUGAUAGGACCGGAGAUCACACCGCGCCAGGAAGUGAUACCAGAAACCAUGGAGAUGCGUUUCCACAGAAACAAAAUGGCCUGAUGGAGGAGAUUGAAGCUUUGAGAGCAGAACUACAAAAAUCCCAACAGGAACUGGACAGGAUGCACUCAGAGAACAAGAGUUUGCACACAGAGCUCUCCGAGUCUGAAGCCCGGCGUGGCGAGGCAGAGAGAAAAGCAUGUCAGGCGUCUGAGCAGGUGAUCAGACUGACUGAGUCUGUCGGUCUGAUGGAAGACCUCAUGAAGGACAACAAGAGCCUCACAGCGCAGGGGAAGGAGCUGCAGAACAAACUGACUGUCCUGCUGAGAGAAAAGAAUAAUGCUCUGUCCCUGAAGGCCCAAACUGAUGAGCAGAACACCAUCCUCACCGCCCAACUCAAAGCUAAGAGUGUGGCUCUGGAGGAACUGAACUCUGAGUAUAUCGCUCUGAAACGAGGCAGAAGCAGCAGGGAGGAUGCGAACGCUGCCUUUAUCUCCCUCAGGGCCCGUUAUGAUGACAUCAGAGCUAAGUAUGAUUCACUUCUUAAACGAAAAAGCCAAACAGAUGUGGAAAUAGCUCCUUUAAAGGCCAAGCUGUCUUGCCUGGUGCUGAAGUGUCAGCAGAGGAACUGCUUGUUAGUGGAGAUGAUGAAGUCCAUGCAGAAACAGGUGUGUGUGGACCCCAGACUCACACAACAAGUCAAGCAUCUGCUCAGUGACGCAGCUCUGCAGGAAUACGCUGCAGCGUUUACACCAGGCAGCUACAUGCAGACCCAAAACUGCUGCAGUGAGUUUACACAAGACUUUAUUUCUAAAUUUCACCACUGCUGCAACAGAUUCACACGUGAUGAAACCUGCCCCAUUGUUUCGAUCUGUGUGAGCAAACAAGACGGCGUCUCAGCUGAGUCUGAAUCUCAGUGGGGCGAAGGAGAGAAAUAUUCUUCAGUAUUUGCAACUGAGACUUCAGCAAAUCUUCAGGCAGCAGCUGAAACACUAAAGAAAACCUCACCUGGGCCAACAUCACCUGUACAAGAGUGUCCAAGUGUCCCUGUGUCUUCAUUUGUCCCACUGAAGGACGACAUGAGCACAGAUAUGUUACAGCUGUGUCCUGCUAGUGGACUAAAUAAUCUGCCAGAGAAGUCAGGAUUUCAGCAUUUGAACAUAAAUCAAAAGUCCUCCCCAGAAGUGAUCAGUCGGGGUAAAAGUCCCACUCCUCUCUUCUCCUGCCCACGGGUCAAUCCCAGCAGGAGGCUGAGUAGUCCUGAGAAGAUUAUCAACCUUCAUGAACAGCUGCAGAAGACCCUGAUCAGCAACUUUCAGGCACCAGAGAGCAGAGGACGAGGACAGGAGCCCAGGAUGUCCCUUUCAGCCCAAGCUGACCUAAAUUCAGCCAACACAACAAAACACCUUUCCUACACUCUUCAGCACCUCCCCUCUGUAGUUCCAGCUAAACCUGCCUCCUCUGACAAAUCCGUGACUCUUUUUAAUGCAGUUGCAUCUAGAUCUGCUAAUAUGAGCAGCAUGUUCACUAACCAUCACCUUAAAGUGGAUGGUUUUAAAACUCAUUCCAGCUCUUCUGACUUUGCUCUUGUCAGCCCGACUCCCAGUAAAGACAAAAUAAACUCAUAUGAAGCCACUCAUGUGAUGAAGCCGAAGCAGACUAAGAAAGUGACCACUGUUCGUGAUGUUUCCAAUGCUACACAAGCAGCAUCUAUGCUGAACACACCAACUUUCCCUAAUUCCAAUGUUUCUGUCAUGACCUCUAAAGCAGACAGUGCUGCUCUGACUCCUGAUAGCUUUGCUUUACGCUCUCAGUCCGCUCAUUCCUCUUUAGAUCAAUCCAAAAGGUCUGCCACCACUUCCCUGGAAAAGACUUCAAGACCCAAACCAGAAUCUCCAGCUGAGGUCCGCUCUGUUGAAGUUAUUAAAAGAGUGGGUCAGAGCAGCCUCCUGAUUGGCUGGCAGAGGCCGCUACUUGACGAACUGGGCUGCAGUAACGGCACGUUCGUGUAUGGAUACAGAGUGUUUGUGAAUGGAGACUUCCACAAAUCAGUGAUGAGCUCAGCAUGCACCAAGUGCAUCCUGGAAAACGUCGAUCUUAGUGUCCCAGUCCACAUCAGUAUCCAGACUCUGGGCUCUAACGGUCUGCCCUCAAACAGCGUCCAACUCAUUUAUACCACUUUGAACAGAUCAGAGCAGAGGUGAUUUGAAGCCGGAUUAAAGCAGCCCUCCCAGUGACACAGAUCAGCAGCUGCAGCCCUCUGGGGAUGCGUCCUAACCUUCUCCUCUGCUGGGACACACAAUCACACUGCAUCAUGUGACGCUCGGGCCAGCCAAUCAGAACAAAUCGUCUCUCAUGGUUUUUAUUCCGGACGCAGCGACCUAAACCUAAACAUCCUUAUCUGAAGAUGCGAGAGUCCAGCCUCUACAAUCAAAGUUUCUCUGCCUGUAAAGACCCUUUUGACAUGUUGGAGGAGCUUUCACCUGCAGGACCUUUUGAAUAAGUGAGAUGAAAGAUCAGAGUGGCUUGCCCUCCUUUACACUGUGUGAAACACUGAGGAUCAUCGUUGGCCAUUAACCACAUCUGGACAGCAUCACAAAGUGAACAAGUCUUCACACUCAGUGGUCAAUAGUACUUGAUUUUUGUACAUGAAGCCAAAUAUGGGAAACGAUUCUUUACUCCAAAGACGUUCCUCUCUUCUCACAGGUCAAUAAUGUUUAUUUAGACAUGCAGACGGAAGGUUAAGUUGUGAAAUUUGCACACAAGAAGAAAUUUAAACAAGAUGAUCGCUGAUAUUUUUUGUAGAAAAUGUUCUAAGAAAACGCCAACAUCCUUUACCUCACCGUAUUUUUCUUUUUUAUGAAUGACACUUUGUUCUGCUAAUAGAUGUCAUCUUCUUUGCACUCAGUUUUCUUUCCUUUUUUAAUUUAACAAAUACAACACUGUAUUCUUUUUCUACUUGCUGUGUGUGUGUGUGUGUGUGUGUGUGUGUGUGUGUGUGUGUGUGUGUGUGUGUGUGUGGAGUGAUCAUGGUGCAGCAAAGGUAUUUUUAUAACAGUAAUGUUAUUUCCCACUGAUUCCUUUAGUAUGCACAGAGAAUAAAUGUUUAUUUGAUAUUAAAUAUCAAUCUGCUAA